AUGACUAGUGAAAAUAAUUUAGUUUUGUGUUAUAAUCGAGGCUGUGGUCAAAAAUUUGAUCCAAAUACAAACACAGAAAGUUCAUGUACUCACCAUCCCGGUAACCCAUUUUUCCAUGAUGCCUAUAAAGGGUGGUCUUGUUGUAAUAAAAAAUGUACAGACUUUACGGAAUUCUUAAAUAUUAAAGGCUGUACGGUUGCCUGCCAUUCAAAUGUAAAACCGCCAGAACCGGUAAAACAAGAAGUUGAUCAAAAAUUAUUGGAUAGUGCGAAUGAAUCAAAACCUGUACCAAAACCUAUAGUUGCAUCGGCACUUAAACGUCCUAAUUUUGAUUCGCCUCUAACAGUUAUGCAGCCACAAAUAGCAGCAUCAUUAAAGCAAGAAAUAGAAAAAAGAACGAAAACGAGUUCAAACGUAACAAGUUCUUCGAACCAAGAAACUGAUAACGGAAUAAAAAUUAAUACACCGUGUAAAAAUAGUGGUUGUAAUGCUACAUACCAAGGUCCAGAUAGUGAUUUAGAAUCAUGUGUUCAUCAUCCUGGCUAUCCUGUAUUUCAUGAGGGUUUAAAAUUUUGGUCUUGUUGUACAAAACGAACAUCAGAUUUUAAUGCAUUCUUAAACCAAGCUGGAUGUGAAACUACGAAACACGUUUGGAGUAAAGAGGACGAUCAAGUAAAGGAUACAUCUGUAAAAUGUCGAUGGGAUUGGCAUCAAACCGGCACACAUGUCAUUGUUACCAUUUAUGCCAAACAAUACUGCCCUACUAGAAGUACUGUUAAAUUAAAUCCAAUUCGAUUAGCUUUAAAUCUUAUAUUCCCCCAACAAUCAGAUGCUGAAUUUAAUCUCGAUUUAGAAUUACGAGGUAUAAUAGACGUCACUGCCAGUAAAGUACAAAUGUUUGGAACAAAAGUGGAGGUAAGCCUUAAAAAAGCGGAACCAGGUAGUUGGGCGAAAUUAGAUUUUCCACGAGAAGUUAUUAAACCACCAACGGAAAUUAUUGAACCUCCUAAACCAAAACCAAAAGUUGAGGAAAUUACACCAGAAUUGGAUGCUGUGGAUUUAAGUGAUUUAUAAAAUGGUGCUAAUAAAAUUUACUAUAAUGCACACAAUAUAAUAUGGUGUAAUCUUUUAUAUUUGU